GUUGACAUUUUGGAAGAUGACCUGAUUAAAAAUGUUAUCAUACUACAGACUGUGCAAAAAGAGGUAAAACAUCGAAGCCUGCCAGCACAUAAAAGAAUACGUGAUAUCAUCGCAAACAAGGAGAAGAAAUUCUAUGUUUUCACCAACGAACAUCAUAAAGACACUUUCAUAGAAAGAGAGGGUGGUGAGAGUGCUAAUGAUUACAAUGACCGUGCAAUCAGGAAUGCCACUAGCUGGUUUAAUGGUCAUCUGGAUAGGUGUAAGCGGCACCCUGACCAUCAGAAUGAUCAUGUAAAAGUUGUUCUGCUGACAAAUGAUCAGGCCAAUCGGGAAAAAGCAAUCGGAGACGGACUGCAGGCCUACACAAUUCAUGAAUAUGUGAAGUCGUUGACUGCUAAGCCUGAGUUAGUUGAUAGACUGGCAUUGAUUGCCGAGAAUGAACAGAAGAUGGACAAGGCAAAUGCGGACAUUAUGGUACAAGGGAAAGUAAUGUUUCCAGAAUACGUUGUAGGCAACCAGCUUCACUUGGGGAUUAAGUUGGGCAAGUAUCUUCAGGGCACGUUUCACGCAAGUAGAGAGAAUUACAAAGAAGGAAGUGUAAAUAUACAGGAUCAAGAGAAAGCGGUAUUUAUCAAAGGUUUGGCUAAUUUGAACCGUUCAGUUCAUGGGGAUGUUGUUGCUGUAGAGAUGCUACCUGAAGACGAAUGGACUUGUCCGUCAUCAUUAGUAAUGGUGGACAACUCCAAGAAAGAUGAAUUUGACGACGAUGACUUUAAAAAUGAAUCUGAUCCGGAGAAAAACCCAGUGAGAAAGGAACUUAGAGAACCCACCGGUAGAGUUGUCGGUAUUAUCAAACGUAACUGGCGGCCGUACUGUGGAAUUCUUCAACCAUCAUUAUUGAAAGAAGGCACACGACAUCUUUUCAUAGCAGCAGAGAAGCGAAUUCCAAAAGUGAGAAUAGAAACAAGGCAAUUUGAGUCCCUCAGAGGCUGUAGAAUAGUAGUGUCAAUAGAUAGCUGGCCUAGAAAUUCUAGAUACCCUUUGGGUCAUUUUGUGAAAAAGCUCGGAGAGAUUGGAGACCGCGAGACUGAGAACGAAGUACUUCUACUGGAACAUGACAUUCCACAUGAAGUGUUCUCCUCAAACGUUUUAAGCUUUUUACCCAAACUUCCAUGGACCAUCACACAAGAGGAUUAUGAAAGUCGUGAGGAUCUGCGGCAUCUUGAUAUAUGCAGCGUGGAUCCACCCGGUUGCACGGAUAUUGAUGAUGCGUUGCACUGUAGGAAGUUGGAUAAUGGUCUGUUGGAGGUCGGUGUCCAUAUUGCUGAUGUGAGUCAUUUCAUCAAGCCAGGGAAUGCCUUGGACGACGAAGCUGCAAAUAGGGGAACAACAGUCUAUCUUGUAGACAAGAGGAUUGAUAUGGUUCCUGAUCUGCUGAGUUCAAAUCUGUGUUCUUUACGUGAGAAAGAGGAGCGCUUUGCAUUCUCCUGUAUCUGGGAGAUGACAGAGGAUGCUGAAGUGGUUUCAACAAGGUUUUGUAAAAGUGUCAUCUGCUCAAGGAGUGCGUAUACAUACGAGCAAGCACAGUUGAAGAUAGAUGAUAAGUCGCAGUCCGAUGCACUAACGUUAAGUCUGCGUAACCUGAACAAGUUGGCUAAGAUACUGAAAAGAGGGAGGAUGAGCAAUGGAGCUUUGACAUUAGCUUCGGCUGAGAUUCGUUUUAACAUCGAUUCAGAGACGCAUGACCCCAUUGACGUGCAAGCUAAGCAGAUGCGAGACACCAAUUCCAUGGUCGAGGAGUUCAUGUUGCUUGCGAACAUCUCGGUUGCGAAGCGAAUCUUGCAGAGUUUCUCGGAGUGUGCUCUCUUGCGUCGACAUCCCAUUCCUCCACCUUCAAACUUUGACACGAUUAUCAAAGCAGCCAAGUCUAUGGGUUUUACCAUUGUGAUUGACAGCGGCAAGGCGCUUUCAGACUCGUUAGAUGCGGCUGUCAAGCCAGACCGGCCUUACUUCAAUACGUUGCUUCGCAUGAUGACUACGCGGUGUAUGACGCAGGCGUUGUAUUUCAGUAGCGGUACUGUUCCUGAAUCUGAUUACCACCAUUUUGGUCUGGCAGCGCCGAUUUACACGCAUUUUACAUCACCAAUUAGAAGAUACUCUGACUUAAUGGUUCACCGUAUGCUUGCCGUCUGCAUCAAAGCUGACAGGUCGUAUCCGGACCUCCUCCAGAAGGAUAAGAUACAGGCCAUCUGCAACAACCUCAACUAUCGGCACCGCAUGGCACAGUAUGCUGGUAGGUCGUCAGUUGGCCUCCAUACACAGAUAUUCUUCAAGAACAAGAGAGAGGAUGAAGAAGGUUAUGUGAUGUUUGUCCGGAAAAAUGCUCUGCAGAUUUUCAUCCCAAAGUACGGCUUAGAAGGAACUCUAUUUUUGAAACCAGAAGACAAAUCUGCUGCAAGUUUGUUUACUUUCAAUGAAGAGGAUCAAACUCAGAGUGCUGGUGACAUCUGUCUGCAUAUGUUUGAUCCUGUAACAGUUCAGCUGAGCAUCAAUGAUACGGAUGUCCAGCAUCAAAGAUUAAUGCUACGUUUGGUGAAACCUCAGAUUGCAGAUUUUAGCGUUCCGCCAGCCACAGCAGCUGAUGAUAGUAGUGAGCCCCCAACAAAGAAAAUGAAGGCAUCGCCAAGCUAGCGUAAUUUCAAUAACACCAAAUGUGAUUGACCAGAUUCGAGAUGUCACGCUAACACUGGUUCAGACCCACAAGGUCUUGGCAUGAUGCUUGUAUUUUAAGACUUGCUUGACAGACCAAAGAGCUUAUGCAUACAUUGCAAAACAAAAUCUGUGUAUUAGUGCGAUUAAUACAUUUUCUGAAAUCUUUUGUCUGUCAAUUUCUUAAACCUGGCAUGUCUGUUAUUUUGUACAAGUGAAAUAUUAAAUUUUUAAAACGUGAAAACAGGAGUAUUGCUUACAAUACUGUACAUGCAAACCACCACUUUCAAUGUGUUUUACUGCAGCUGAACCUACUUUUAUUUUGGUUUGGUUGCUUUUAACACCACCAGUGAAGGAAAGUGGCACUGCAGAAGUGAUAUAUUGUGCCCAGAGUAGAGUAGAGUAGGAUGUAUGAUAAAUUGUUGGGCCUAGAUGUAGGCAAAGCCGUAUAUUUUCUGAGAGGGGCUAAGCUGUCCAAGUGAGCUGCAUGUCAUCCGAGGGCCGUAUGCCCAAACGAGAUUUUUUUUUUUUUUUUUUUUUUUAAGGGGAAAUUGCACUCUCCAAGACUGAGACUACCAUUUCUCGCCAUCUGUUGGCGCCGCCACUGAGGUCGAGUGGGACUAACUCUUAGGCCUUGAUGCAACCCUAAUGCGACAAUGGUCCUACAGUGUAUGUAUGCCCUGAGUAAUAAGUGUUGGGCCUAAGUGUAGGCCUGAUGUGAUGAAAUUGUUUUUUUAUGGAGCAUUGGAUGUACUGUAUUCAGAUGUGGUAGUGACGUUUUUGUGUAAAAUGGAAUGUGCAUUCAUUUGACACGCAUGCCAAGUACAGUGUGUUGAUAGAUGACCAAUGGCUGAUAGCACCUUGUCAGAUUAAUUUUUACCUAGUUUCUGCAGUAUCAGGAGCCUAUUUUUAGAUAUGCCAUCUAAACUGGUUUUGGGGAAGUCUUUGUGUUUUAGGUUUUACUAUGGAUGGCCUGACGAAAGAUAUUUUAACUGUGCCAUCAGGAUUAUUUGUUGCCUUUAUAAUUACAAACUUAUUUCAUAUAAUUUUGACUCUUGGUGUGUAUAUGACAAUUUGACACACUGCAAUAAAACAAUGGUUAAAUAACAGCCAUUCCAUGAGCAUUUCAAAAUAUACUUUAAUGUAUUUUACAGUACAAGCAUGCAACCAAUAAUGUUGUAUUUUAUAGAUUUUAAUAAAUUUGCAUAAAUACAAAAUCAAAA